GGUGCAUAGCUUGCUGCUUCUGGGUUCCUUGCUUACCUCACUUGAAGCCCUGCUUACAUCUACAGGAGGGUUCCCCCCCACUUCCAUCCGCUCGACGUGGGCAUCGUCAUGCCCGCCCUGGACGUCUGCCGCCUCUCCCGAAGAUGUGGGCAGCAAGUCGUGGCAGCAGCAGCAACGGCAGUGCGAAGAGUCCACUCGAGCGGAGGCUAUCGAUUCCGUCUGGAGGUCGGCUCUCACGGCAGGGGGUGGGGCGGCCGUGGGGGCACGAGCGUUGCUAGCUUCUCCGCAGCCGGCCUCCGGCGAAGCGGUAGCGGCAGGUGCGGUGGAGGGAGGGGAGGCGGCGUCGACGCGGCGGGUUUCCUCGGCGAUGGAAGGCUUGGAGCGCAUCCCCUGGCGGGAAGAAGGGUACCUGUCGUGGGAGUACGACGGGCACAAGAUCAACUACGUUGACGAGGGGGACAAGAGUAAG